AUGAAGUUCUUCACGACCUUUGCCACGACCGUCCUCGCGAUCGCCGCCUCGGCCAUUGCCGUCCCCGUCCAGCACGCCGCUCGCGAUGUUUGGGACCCCACCAUCCUCACCCCCAACGCCUCCACCGUCUGGGAGGCCGGCGCGAACGUGACCGUCACCUGGGAGACCGAUGACGCGCCCACGAACAUCUCCAACGGCGCCGCGAUCUUCCUGCGCGACAACACCACCCUCUACCAGCCCGCACUCGCUGAGGGCUUCGACCUCCGUGGCGGUAGCCAGGAUAUCACCCUUCCCGAGAACCUCACCACUGCCUCGGACUUCCGCAUCGUCUUGUUCGGCGACAGCGGUAACUGGUCCCCCGAGUUCACCGUCAUCGGAGCAUAA